GUCAAGAGGUAUUGACAGUAGUGUUUUGACAUUUCAAUAGUUAUCUAUGUAAUAAAUAUUAUGAUAUAUAAAUAUUAUAAUACGUCACCUUAUGAGGAGAAUAAUAUGUUAUAAAUUAGUACUCUAAUGAGAUUGAAAAUAUGGAAUCAUCAGCUUCGACCGAUGUUAAUAAAAAGUUUAAUUUAGAAAAUUUGACUAAAGAAGAACUAAUAAAGAAAUGUACACAGUUAUUACAACUUGCUCAAAAAGCAAAACAAUCGAAAACUGCAUUACAAGAGGAAAAUAACAAACUUAAAGAGGAAUUGAAUUCAAAAAAUGAUAAUAGUAACACCGAUCAUGCCUUACAGGAAGUAAUAGAAAAAUUAACAGAACAAAAACUAAAUCUAGUAACAGAAAAUCAGGAGUUAAAAACUCAAAAUGAGUUAUUUAAUAAGAGAAUUAAAGAAUAUGAAAGUGAGUUGAAAUCAUUUGAAGAAAAAUAUAAUGUAUGUGAUAAUGAAAAUACAUCCUAUAAGAGGCAAAUUAAGAGAUUAACUGAUGAAAACGACCAACUAAUUUUGAAUUUGGACACAUUAGAAAAGCAAUUAAAUACAUUCCAAAAAAAUAAUCAUGUAGAGAAAGAACCCUCUAUAAAUACGACGAAUAAAGAAAUUGGUGAAAUAAAUGAGUUGAAUUCAUUGUUGAAUUUGAGUAAAGAAGAUGUACAGUAUUUGAAAAUUGAAAAUAAUAGGUUAGUAGAUAGAAUAGAAAAUCUUCAAAUUAACCUUGAAGAAAAAAAUAAAAAUAUAAUUAUCAUUUCUAAAGAACUGGAAUUAACGAAAGAUAAUUGUACAAUGAAGGAUCAAGAUAUCAAUACUUUAAAUAGUAAAUUACAAGAAAUGCUUUUAAAUAAGCAAGAAUUGGUUGAUUCCAAUGUUAAACUAAAACAAAAAAUUAAAUUUUACCACUCAAAAGUAGUAAAGUUUGCUGGGAUUGUGAAAGAGUUGAGAGAAAAUAAAAAUGAAGUAUUGGAUCUCUUUAAGUCCUCUAUAGAACAAGUCAAAGAGUGGAAAGAACAGUUGAAUUAUGGGGAGAAAAACAUUAUAAAAUAUUUGAAUAAUGUUGCAAUGGAAAAUCAAAAUUUGAGGCAACAAAUAGAGCAGCAAAAAGAAAAUGAGCAUGAGGCUAAAAUUUUAGCUGAUCAGUUGAAAUCAGAGAAAAUGAUAAUAGAAGAAGAAUUAAGUGAAGCAAAGGAAAACAUCAAAAUAUUGAGUUUUGAAUUAGAAGAAUUAAGAAAAAAUAAUACUGACGAUAAUAAUGAAUCUUUUGAGGAAGAAAAAAAUACUUUAUUGAUAAAACUCGAUGAAAUACAAAGUAUGAACAGUAAAUUAGAAACUGACAAGUUAAUUUUAGAAAACCAACUAAUGGAAAGCAAAGAAAUAAUUGUACAGUGUAAUAAUAAAAUAGAUGAAUUGAAUCAGAAUGUUUUGGACCUGACAGAAGGUAAACAAAGAAUAGAAGGGGAUCAAAAUCCUAGUAAAUUGGAAGAAGAAAAUGCGAAUUUAAGUACUAAAUUACAAUAUUUACAAAAUGAACUAUCACAAAAUAUGGAUGAUUAUCGAAUCAAAUGUGACACUCUAAACUUUCAUAUUGAAGAACAAUCUCAAACGCAAAGAAAAUUAACAAAUACCAUCCAUGAACUUGAAAAUGAAGUCAAACUUUUGCGAAAAGAAAAUUGUACAAUCUCUAAAGUGAAAGAGGAACUUUCAGAAGAACUCAAUAGAGCCAACACUGAACGAAAAGCUCUUAAUGAAAAAAUAGGAAAGAAUGUUAUAGCAGAAGAAAUGUUUAAAGGGUCAGAAAAACGUAUACAAGAUUUACAGUCUCAGAUAAAGUCCUUUGAAGAAUUAGAAAAACGAUCAACUGAAGAAAUUAAGAAUUUAGCAGAAGAGAAUAAGAGAUUAAUGUCAGAAAAUAAUACAUUAGAAGAGAAGCUUGGAAAACUUGAAUAUUCUUUGAUAAACCGAGUCGAUUCUUCUUGUCAAACUAAUGAAGUACCUUUUAAUAAUUCUGAUGAGUUUAAAGAGCAAAUAACAAACUUAAAAAGAGAGAAUUCAGAGUUACUGUUAGAAAUGAAUGAGAUGAACCAAGCUAUCAAAGAAAGAGGGGAAACUAUAUCAAAAUUAGAAGCACAUUGUGAGGAAAUUAUGAAAAAAUUACAAAUCUAUGAAACUCAAGCUAAUCAAAAUAUAGAUAAUCUAACAGAAAAAGAUAAGAUAAUAGAAAAUCUAACAAGCGAAAUUGAGGAAUUGAAACAGAAUGCUAAUUCUGUUGAAGCCACUGAAAUUAUCACUUUACAAAAUCAAAUAGAAAUUCUCAAAGAAAAAUUGUGCUCAACUCUGGAUUCUAGUCUUCCUGAUAAUGAUGCCAUGUCCUCUUCUACAAUUUCAAGAACAGAAGAUUUGAAUCGAUUGAAAGAUUUAGAAGGUUCUUGGGAGGAAAAGUAUGGCAAGUUGAGAAAUUUAGCAAUCAAAUUGAAAGGUAAAGUUAGGGAGUUAACACAGACGGUAGCUAAAGAACAAUCUGACAAUGAAGAAGCACAAAAAAAAUUAAUAUCAAAUAUGAAAACAAUUCAGAACUUCCAAAAUCAAUGUGACAAAUUGGAAGAUGAUUUGGAAAAAUGUAAACUAGAAUGUAAACAACUUCAAAGUCAAUUAAAUAUAGCCGCUGUUGAUAUUUCUAGAGAUAAACAGCUUCUAGCAGAAAAAGACGAACUUGUGAGUUCAUUAAAGAUGGAAAUAGAAAAUAAUAAAAAGGAUAAGCAAACCACUGAAAACUGGAAAAAACAAGUGAGUGCUAAAAUUCAAACUUUAAGAAAAGAAUUAGAAGCAAAUAAUGUAUUGAAAAAAGAAUACGAAGCCAAAAUAUCCAAUUUAAACAGUACUUUAGAAGAUAAAGAUCAAGCUUUGAAAACAGAAAUAGAAAGCCACAAACACACAAAAAUUUUAUUAGAACAAUCAAAUAAUGAACGUAAGAAAAAUUCAGUAUUGAGUUUAGAAAUGCAAGAUUAUGAAAGAAGUGUUAAAGAAUCCGCCAAAAAAAUUGAAAAACAACAAGAAGAAAUAACAAAAUUGAAUAAUCAAAUAGAAUCACAGAAAACUACAAUAAAUGCUCUAAGGGAGCAAAAUAAACUUUUUGAAGAAAGAUUAAAUACAGAAGAACAAAAUGUAAUUACAGUUACUACUGAAAUCAACACGUACAAAAAACAAAUUGCAUCCUUAGAUAAUGAAAUAACUCAAAAAAAAGAAAAAAUUCAAAUUUUAACCCAACAUUUGGAAACGGCUCGGUCAGAAAUUGAGGAAUUAUCUACUGAACUUGGUAAAGUUAUUGCGGAACAUCAAAAAGCCAACAGUGUAUUAAAAUCCGAACGAGACCAGCUCUCAAACGAUAACUUGAAACUUCAACAAGACCUAAGGGAAACACAGGAUAAUUUAAGAUUGAUUAAAGAGGAGCUUAGGAUAAUUCAAGACGAAUAUGAUUGUUAUAAAGUGAGAGCUCAGAGCGUUUUGAGACAAAAUCAAAAUAGAGAUAUUGGUUUGGAAGAAAAGUUGUCUGAGAAAGUAACAUCACUUGCAGCACAAAAUCAGGCUCUAACUCAACAAUUGAACGAUUCAUUGAAAAAAAUUGAAUGUUUAAAAAAUGAAAAUAUCGAUUAUUCUACCCAAAUUGAAGAUAUUACUAACAAAGUGAAAGAAAUAAAAGAAGAAUAUGAGGAACUGCAAACCCAGUAUGCUGAGUUAUCGGGAAAACACGAAAAAACAGUUUUAGAUAAUGCGGAAACCCUUAGAAACCUUAAGGUACGUGCGGAAACACUCACUCAAUGUUAUAGACAACAAUUGGCUGAUCAAGAGGCAAGGCACGAGCAAGAAAUACUCGAAUUGCGUAGUCAAUUAGAGAAAGCUCCAACUCCUACAGAUAAUUAUCCGGCCCUUCCUACUAUGCCUAGAGGAGAAGGGGAAGGUUCAGAAAGUGUAGAGAGUAAUGCUUCGAGAGGCGUUCAUCCGAUACCCCUGGAAAGAUUGUUAGGAACGGACUCCGAUGAAGAAAUAGAAAGGAUAAAACUGAAAUUAAAAGAACAUGAAUCGAAAGUAACACAUUUGACGGCUCUGUUAUCAGAUACUGAACAAGAUUUAGUUAAACACAUCCAAAUGAAUAAGUUACUUAAAGAAGAAAUUCGAAGACAUCAACGAUCAGAAGAAAGGGAAAAACAUGCAGAAAAUUUGGAAUAUCUCAAAAAUGUAGUAUUCAAAUUUAUUACAUUAAACAGUGGAGACGAAAGAUCAAGACUUGUUCCAGUAAUGAAUACAAUACUCAAAUUAAGUCCGGAAGAGGCUAAACAGUUGAAUUCAGUCGCAAAAGGAGAUAUUUCAAUAAAAGGAUGGAGUAGCUACUUACCAACAUGGCCUUCACCAAAUAAAUCUUAAUAAUUUUGAUUGAAGCUGCA